AUGAUGACUUCUUUGGGGGCUUCCGGCGCAGCAGCUCAUUCCGAACCGAGCGUCAACCAGGGGAACCAAGCUCCGCAUAGGAAUGAUGCCGGCCACAACAGUGUUCCCCUUAUUAUGAUGAACCGUGUUGGAGAUGGGAUUGCACGGCAAUACUCCUCAAACAGUCACAGACUGAGGAAAGGGCAGAAAGAAAGACAUUGGCUUUCCUACCGGAAUGAAAGAGCGAGGGGACUUAGCCAAGGCACUAACUAA